GAGGCGGCGGCCGUCCCACCGGCUGCCUUGACGCCGAGGGAAACACGAUCGCGUUCGGUGCAGUUGUGGUGGAAAUAAAGUGAGUCGCGUCCUUGUGCUUGUAGCCGGCUGUGCUCCAGCGGGACGGAGGAGGUUUACUGCCCGCUUUGUGACUCACUGGCCCCGGAAACAGUAGCUAGUAGUCUCCGGUCGGUGCGCCCGGAGACAGGUGAGUCGCCGGCAUGCGGAGCGGCUCUCUCCUUGGAUGACCUACACGGCGCGGCCAGAACACCUCUCCGCGUAUUCAGGAGCAGCGGGAGGUUCUGUGUUCACUCUCCCACGGACGGACGCACUUGGGGCCGACUUACAGAGCGGCCGACCAGCCUCACGUUUGCCCACUGCGGCCGCGAGCGAGCAGAGCGAGAGAGGAGUGGGGCGCAAGGGAAGCGGAGGGGAGGGGGGCUGGUGUUGGUGAAGUUUGAGUGGACCCUGGAGCCGGGUCUAAUCCCAUGAUGUACACCAUCAGCAGAGGGCCCAGCAAACUGGUGACACAACGGAGGACGACGACAGGAGGUCCCGCGCAGCAGAUCGAGAGUAAAUUCGGCGAGCUCAAGUUCAAGCCGACGACGUGGCUUACGUCAAACACUCCAUCCCCGAAGAUCGUCUUCAACCGCCUCAAUGGGAAACGUUACCAUACUCCGUCAACGCCGAAGCUCGAUAGCCCGGCAGAGGGAUUCACUCCUGCGCACGAAGAGAACGUCAAAUUUGUGUAUGAAGCGUGGCGGGAAGUGGAGCAGAAGCUGGGAGAGGAUGGGGAGUCGAGGGGCAGCUGGGGGCCUGUUCAGUACAAAGAGAAGACCCCCAAUGCUGUCAUGAAGAACUUUGUUCCCAUUGAUCUGGAGGAGUGGUGGGCGCAGCGCUUCCUUGCCAACAUUGCAGGCCUGUCUUGAUUGCAUUGAAGAGUUGAAACACGACAGGAAGAAACGUGUCGAGGCUCCUUCAGCAAUGCACCGCCAGGGUUCAAAGGAAAAUCACGUCCGGCUUCGGGAUGCUCAGUGGGAAGCAUUGGCCACCAUUUGGUGCUUAAUCUGAAAUCUGAAGUUUCAUGCUGCUUUAAGGAGAACUGAACGCUCCGAACAGCCAAGAUGUGAUGUGUUGCUGCAAAAUGGCCGCUCUCUUUACUUGAAUGACCUCUUUGUUUUUGUGUUAAAAAGAGCUUCCCUUUUUCCUCACCUGUGCUCUAUGUACUUAACUCGUCUUUGGGUUUUAAUCUACCAAAGAGCAUAAGUAAAAUGGUUUUCAAAACAUUCUCAAUUUUCA